AUGCCUCUCACACGUCGGUCGUCGCCAGGAGGUUGCGCGCCGGAUGUGGCGGCACCCGCGCCGCGACCGCCAUACGCGCUAUCAUCCAGUCCGUGCCGAUCACGCCAUCGCAAGUCGCUCUCUUUGGACGACUCGGUUGGGUCAGGCCGACCUGCUGUCACCGCCUUCCCCACCACUGCUGUUUCUGAUGGUGGUGGUGAUGGUGGUGCCAUGGUUACUGAUGCUGCUCUAAUUGUGUGUGCUCCAUUCUCGCCCAACAGAGCACCUGCAGAGGGCAGGUCGGCCAAGCGCCAGCACCAGCCACGGCAGCAGCAGCUGCGGCAGCAGUGCCUACAAAAGAAUCAUUAUGAGCAGCAGCAGCAGCAGCAGCAGGGGAGGGAGGGACUGAGGCGGUGUGCUUCCUUGGAAGUGACUGCAGGAGGACUGGCAGGGAGCACUCCCACCCCUGCUCCCGCUGCUGAAAGCAUCUUGUCUCGCACUCAUGUCCCUGCCACAGCGGCAGUAGCAGGGGAAAGCGAGGCGGAGGAGGAGGAAGGGGAGGAUGAGGGGGAGGAGGAGGAGGCGGGUUCUUAUCAGUCUGGCAAGCAGCCUUGGCUUUCGAAGCAGCAGCAGCAGCAGCAGCAGCAGCAGCAGCAGCAGCAGCAGCAGCAGCAGCAGCAGCAGCAGCAAUGGCAGCAGCAGCAGCAGCAGCACCAUCAGUCGAUUCAGCAGUGCCAGUAUAGGCAGCAGCUUCGAUGGGGAGGGACGGACGGAGGCCCGUGGGGACCAGGAGGAGGGCUAGGAGGGCGAGUGGCUUCGAUUGGCAGUAGCAGUCGUGGGACCAUGCCUUCCUCUCACAUGGCCUCUCCAUCUGCUGCUGCUGCUGGUGCCGGUGCUGCUGCUGCUGGUGCCGGUGCUGCUGCUGCUGGUGCCGGUGCUGCUGCUGCUGGUGCCGGUGCUGCUGCUGCUGCUGCUGCUGCUGCAGCAUGUGCUGGUGCGUCGCCGUUCACCUCUCUCUCCACUGCAAAGGGCCACCUGGUAGUCCGUGGAUGCGUCAUUUCCCCCAACCGCCUGCCAUCACAAUCACCACCAGCAGGAGGAAGAGCAGCAGCUGGUGGCCGUAUCAACAUUGGAUUUGAGGAAGAGAGCGGAGGUGGUAAGUUGGGAAGAGCCAGAACGGCUCCUCCUCGUUCCCAGCCUGUUGUCUCACCGCCUCGCCCCACAGCUCAAGUGGUGCUUGUCCCGAACGUGCUUCCGGACGUGAGCUCCAGGCUUGGCAGCACGAACCAGUGGCGGCGGUCUGGGCAUGCGAACGGCGAGCGGCAGGGGCAGGAGAAGGGGAGUAAGGGGUGCGGUUUCUCAAGCCGGGGUUCGGAGCGGGAGGAGGAGCGGGAGCAGAGGCAGGGGCAGGGGCAGGGGCGGGGGCAGGUGCAAGGGCAAGAGCAGGAGCAGGAGCAGCAGAAGCAGCAGCGGCUGCUGCUGGCAGCGCGAAAGCAGCAAACACUGGAAGAAUACUUCAACCGCAGUCAAGACUUUCUCCAGCGAAAUAUGAACCCUAAACAGCCCACUGGUCCCAUUGUUUCUCCCGUGGGCAAGAAGAGGGGCGGUGGCAUGGAGCGUAGUAGCAAGGAAGGGAGGAGAGGGGGUAAGAAGAAAGGGGGAGUAGAGUCGGAAUGUGGUGUGGGGAGCAGGCGGCUAAGAGGGGAGGAGUGGGGUGAGGAUUGGCAGAGAAUGAGUGACCUGGUCGAGGAGGGGGGUUACAGAGGGGCAGGAGGGAGGAGGGCGGCAGGGGAGUGGAGGAGAGAGGGGUUGACAGGGACAGGGGAGUGGGGAAGGGUUGGGGGAGGAAUUGACCGAGGGGGUGAGGGAUGGGGUGAGGAGGAAGUGGGGAAUGAAAGGGAAGGGGGAGUGGAAAGGGGAGUGGAAGUGGGAAGGGAAGUGGGAAGGGAAGUGGGAGGGGAAGUGGGAGGGGAAAUGGGAGGGGAAGUGGGAGGGAGGCAAGGGCGGACAGGGUUGGCGAUAGAAAGGGAGGCCUUGGGGAGGGCGGGUUGUGGCGAGGAGGAAUUGGAGGGCGAGAAAUGGAGGGCGAGGGGAAGGGGAAGCGGAAAGGGGAGGGGGAGGCGGAGAGGGGAUGGGAGGGGUGAUGAUGUGCCUAAUAGGGUUGCGGUGGUGGUGUGCGGGGGAAAUGGGGAAAGGGGGUGGGAGGAAGGCAAGUUUGUGGAUGGACGAGGGAGGGAUGUGGGGAAAUGGCAAGGGGGGGCGGGAGGGGAAGGUGGUUGGGAUGGGGAGAGAGAGUGGGCAGGGGUAGGGAGUGAGGGUGUGGAUGAGGGGACUAAAGGGAGGGAAGGGGUUGAGAGAAAUGGAGGGAGGAGUGAUGGGAGGAGUGAUGAGAUGCUUGAUGGGAAGAGUGGUGGUGAGGCGUGUGAGGUGUGUGGGUCAUGUGACAAGUGGUGCAAUGGUGAUAUGUGUGAGAGUGACACGAGAGGGUGUAGUAACAAGGAUGGGACGGCAUGCCAGGGAAAGAUGGCAGUGGCGAGUGGGGUGCCUUGGUCUUGCUGUGAAGCAGAGAACAGUGAGGCGGGGAGGGGCAGCAAGGCGCGGAUGGUGGGAGAGGAGCAGUGGGGAGAGCGUGGUGUUCAGGAGGGGGGAUUAUGGGAUGUGGGAGGCGGGAGAGAGGCGGAGGAGGAGGAGGAGGAGGAGGAAAAGGGAAUGGAGUUUCUUCCAUGGGGCAUCCAGGCGGGUGGACAAGUGAGGGAGGAGUUGGAAGAAAAGCUGAGUGGUGUGGAUUGGCUGUGUUUAGAUGAUAGGAAGGAGUGUAGCCGGGAGGGGUUUACCGGCAUGUGGAGGGAAGAGGAGGGGGUAGAGGAUGAGGAGGAGGAAUUCGAGGAGGAGGGGGAGAGUGAUGAAAAUGGUGAUGGUGAGAGAGGGGAGGAGGUUGAGGAGGAAGAAGGGGAGGAUGCAGAUCGUGAGAAGCCAUGGGGCCAGAUAGGAUCCAUGCACAGUGGGAAUAGAGCUACUGGUUCUGAGAACUCUCAAAGAGAAUUUGUAAGCGGUGGGGAGAGCGGGGACAGUAGGUGCUGUAGCAGCAGUAGGAGCAUUAGUUGCAGUGAGAGCAGUGAGGAGAGUGAGGCGAGUGGGGAUAGCGGGGACAGUGGAGCAGGCGAUGUUGAAGGGAGAGGGGAGUGGAGGAUGGUAGAUGCUGUGGAGAUGUUAGUACUGGAUAAUGGGGAGGAUGCAUGCUCGCGUGACAAUGAUGAUGAUAGUGAUGGUGAUGGUGAUGGUGAUGGUGCAGCAGAUGGGGAAGCAGAGGGCGAUGCUGAUGCUUAUGAUGGUAAGGAGGAGGAACUUGAUGGUGCAUAUCACGAAGCUGGCAGGGGGUUGGGCAGGCCUGGUUGGGGUACUGUGGGCGAUCAGAUGGGGGCAGGCUGUGCAGGAGUGGAGGACGCAGGUGGGGAGAAAGGGAGCAAGCGCAGGGAGCAAGGGAGCCGAGGUGGGAAAGAGAAGGGGAAGGCGAGGGAGGUGGAGUUUAAACAUGCAAGGGAGUAUGAUCUGCUGAGGCUGCUUAGUGGGAGUAGCUGCAGCAGAGGGAGUGGGAGCGAGGGGGAUGCACAUUGGGAGGAGGAGGGGGUGGGGGGGUUGAGAGUCAAGGGUGGUGGGAGAGGAGUGCAAGGGAUGGGGAGGGAGGGGAGAGGAGGAGGGAGGGGUAGUGGGGUAGAGGUGGAUGUGCUGGUGGUGGAGUGUGAAGGGGAACGGCGGACGAGGGUUGGUGAGGGGGUUGCUGAGUGGGUGGCGCUUGGAGGGGAGACAGAUGAGGAGGAGGAGGUGGAGGAGGAGGAGGAGGAGGAGGAGGAGGAGGAGGAGGAGGAGGAGGAGGAGGAGGAGGAGGAGGAGGAGGAGGAGGAGGAGGCGGAAGAGGAGGAGGAAGAGGAGGAGCAAAGUGAGGAAGCGGCAGCAGAAGAAGAGGGGGAGAGGGAACGCCGUUGGGGGAGCAGAGUGGGUGAUAACUCGGGAAAUCGGUCAUGCAUCCCAAAUGCGCUCCACACAGGGGCACAGCCCGCCAUAACCAGUCACUCUCUGCUGCUGCGGAGAGUAAUGGAGACAUGUGCUGGUGCUGGUGCUGGUGCUGGUGCUGGUGGUGGUGCUGGUGGUGGUGCUGGUGGUGGUGGUGGUGGUUGUGGUGGUGCUGGUGGUGGUGGUGGUGCUGGUGGUGGUGGUGGUGCUCAAACGAGUAUCAGGCCAGCCACAGGAGACAGGGCUCGGAGCGUGCGGCAUGAGGGGAGUUCGGUGGCUGGUGUUGGAGGGAGAGGGGUGACUGUGUCGAAAGGGCGAGUGACGGCUGCUUCUGCAAUACGUCAGCUCAAGACGGAAUCUGGUGCAUGCGGUGGCUCAUUCAACUCCCGCCGUAUAUUCCGCAAAGAGGGGCUGUGA